GUGACGUAUUUGGAAGUGGUAUGUGUCACUGAAGUUGACAGGAGUAGGAAGGGAAGGGAAGUCAUGAAAAAUUUGCAUGUGCUGCGAUUGGAGACACUGGAGCACAAGAUAGCCUGUAGCACACAAAGAAAAAACUAAAUUCUCACACAUUUUGAUUUACAUAAAUUCUAUGCUGUUGUUUAUGUUGUUCCUGUCAACUACAGAUAUCUUCUGAAGAGUGAUGCAAAAAUGUUUAUUUGGAAAGAAAAAGAAUAUGUUGAAGGUGGAAUACAGUUACUUGAUGAGGAAUGGGAUUCUGUCUAGUCUCAUUGUUAAUCUUACUAAAUCAGAUGUAGUGUGGACAUUGAAGGGCCAUGUAGUGACUUAUAUCACAUAACUUAAUUUCCUGAGCUAGUCAUGUGGACUGAUGAAGCCAGAGCUAUAGAAUUGGUUUUACUGAUGUAGUUUAUUAACACAUUAUAUUUUUGUUUCACCAAAGAGCUGUUGCUUGCCAUAUUUACCAAAGAAUACAGUUGUAGUGAUUGUUAAUGCAGCACACCAUUUGUUCCUUCACUUUGAUUUUAUAUAUAUAAAGGCUUUUUUGUAGUUACAUAACAUAUUUUAGUUGUCUGGAAAACUUUUCCAGCAACUCUUUUGUUAGGGAAAAUACAUUGAUUUCAUUUGAGUGUGAAGGGGAGAGCUUUAAGUAACUGAGCCACACUAGUUAAUGCUGGAUUCAACUCUUGCUGCUGCUGCUGCUGCCGCCACCGCCGCCUCACUUUACAUGAGUGUCCAUGUGUAACUCAGAGAUUCUGUCAUUACAGACUGACUACCAAAGUAACCGAAGUGCCAUUUGGCAUAUUGUCUUGCCAAUCUGUCUCUUACUGAGAUGCAGAGUGUAAAUUUCUAAUGUGGAUAUUGUAUAAAUCAGAUGAGACUAAAAUUUUAAACACCAUGUGCCUUCUAUUUAUGAUAUUUUUCUUGAUCUGCAGUUGACUUAGCAACCAAGCUUUAGAUAAAAUAGAGGGGCAGAUUUUUGAGUUUUGACCCUUUUGUGAUUUAGAGAAGGAAUAGAAUUCUCUUGUGCUGUAGCAUUGUAAUAGACAACUAACACAUCAUGAAGAAAGAAAAAGAAAAAUCAAAAGAUAAGAAAGAGGAGGACAAGAAAGUAAACAAAUGUCAGUACUGCAAUAAGAGCUUUGCUGCAGUGAGUGACCUCACAAAGCAUCUGAGAAUCCACACUGGUGAGAAGCCAUAUGAGUGUGCUGACUGUGGUGCUCGUUUUACUCAGGGUGGGAUCUUAAAAAACCACAUUGUGGCCAGACAUACUGCACCUGAGCCGUUCACCUGCCAGUAUUGUAAACGGACAUUUCCCAUUAAAGAACGAUUGAGACUACAUAUGCGUACACAUACUGGCGAACGACCAUACGCAUGUCCAGAUUGUCCACGGCGCUUUGCUCGUGGUGGGCAACUUCGACAGCAUAGAAUAACCCAUUCGGGUAAAAAACCAUACCAGUGCCAAAAGUGCCCAAAACGCUUCACUUCCACAACAAACCUAAGUAUGCAUAUGAAGAGGCACGAAGGGAUCCGUGAUCAAGUAUGUGAUAUUUGUGGCCAGGCUUUUUUCCGGCGUGAAAGUCUGAAGAAACACGUUGCUUGCAUUCAUGGUGAUGUCCAUGCUUUUCGCUGUGAUAUAUGUGGAAAAGAACUGAAAGGCCACAUUGUUCAGCACUUACGCACCCACAUGAGUGAGAAGCCAUAUGCUUGUAAGAUCUGUGGAGCGGCAUUUGCACAACGCUCACAGUUACAGGUUCAUGAACGUAUUCACAGUGGAGAAAAACCUUACAAAUGCAAAGUGUGCAAAAAAGGCUUUGCUCACUCUUCUGCUCUCAAGAUGCAUGUUCGAGGCCAUACAGGUGAGAAACCGUUCAAGUGCCUGCUCUGCCCUUCUGCCUCAUUUGUUCAGUUGCCUCAUCUCAAGAAGCACAUGUUGUGCAUCCAUAAAACAUCAAAACCUUACAUGUGUAUUCGCUGCCGAGAAUUUUUCAAGAAGAAAGAUGAACUAGAAGCUCACGAGCAGAACUGCAAAGGAGAGGUAGUCGAUAAUACAAAAAAUUUUGUCGGGUCUUCUGACACGGGAAAAGAAAACGAAGAAGAUAAAGGGAAGUCUCUUGUACCUCCCAUGCCUGUUGCUAAGAUGAGAAUGUUACUGGCAAUACUUCUGAAGAAGAUUUCAACUCCAGAAAGGCUGGAGCAACUAAGAUUUGGCAAGCGUCUUGUAGAUGAUGUGCUUUGUGAAUCUAUAGAGAUGUCUGGUAGAAAACCAUGUUCUGAGAAAGACAUUGAUGAAGGUGAAAGACUGAAAAAGAAUGUUGAGAUAUUAUUGGAAUGGACAGUACCAAAAACAUAUAUGGACAGGUUUCGGAAAGAGGGUAGAUCUGCAGAGGCACUUUUAGAAGAACUCACAUCGUAAUGUACUUUGUUGCACAGAGAGUAUUCUAUUGGAAUUUAGGUCUAGUAAUGACACUGUUAUAAUGUUUUAAGAGAUUUAUUUUUCAAACACUAAAGAAGGAGCUUAAAUGAUCUUUUUGUAAUACCAAAGGAUAUUUCAUUAUUUUUUAUUUAUUAUUUUUGUAUUCAUAAAAUUAUAGAAUACUGAAUAAACAGAUAAUUAUUCUUGA